AUGGGAGAUAUACCUCCUCAGUCGCUUAACCCGACAUCCGCCCCCUUCAAUCUCACUGAUGUUGACCGCAAUGUCCUCUCUCAGACGGAUGAUGAGUUCGUCUAUCACGAUUGGGCUGAUCUCAAGAGCAUCAUAGCCGCAAAUAACCUUGAAGUAUUGAGGCGCAAGCCCAGUGACCUACGGCGCUACAUCGCAUGGACAACAGACAUUAAGGCGCAGUACGGAUCGAUCACAAAUUACAUCUAUCCCAGUGAUUACAAGAUCCUGCGCAAUGACUGGCCCUACGGCGUCACUUCAGAUAUCACGCAUCUAGUGAUAUGGCUCAAAAAUAGUAUCCCUGUUAGGGAAGACAGCGGGGAUAUGACUGAGGAAUCGCGUACCCUCAUUAAUGAUUUUGUUAUGCGAACGUUUGUUGCUAGGCUUGAGAAGCUCUUUCGUGAUGCGAAAGAUAGGGUUUUGUGGUUCAAGAAUUGGACAUCCCUGCAGAGCGUGAGAGCGGUGGAGCAUGUCCAUGUCGUUGUACGGGAUGCCCCUGAUGAGAUUAUUACUGAGUGGACUGGGGAACAUGCGAGAACUUAG